AUGGCGGAUGUGGCUCGUCGGAACCUAGCAGCAGACCAUGUGGGACUGAGAACUGCAGAAGCUGACUACGCCCGUCAGGUCGAUCGACAGCGGUCAAGACGAGUGAGGACAGUUGAGGAUGAUCCGGGUCGCUACAGAGGUCGAUUUGGGACUCCAGGACGAAGACCACCCGGAUCGCUGGGCCGACAUCAACCUUCGGCGAAACCCGAAAGCGGUGUCGGUGAAGAAACACCGUCGUACACCAUGGAGGUGAUUAACCAGCCUCCAGCUAGCGCUCGCGCCGGAAUGAUCCUAGGUAGCACGGUCACCGCUCGAUUGCGCCGGUCAGAUGGUAGACCGUACACUGAGGCAUCCGAGCUUGCUGGGCUUUUCGCCGUUGCAACACUGGCGGUAAUCGGACCCGACGGUGCUACUGAAAUGGUAGCGCCUGGAGUACUGACAGGCCCGCGCUUAGUGGACUCGGUGCGUCGGUUGCCAGAGAGUGAGGGCGUAGCAUCUGAUACGGUGGGCUACGCCUCGUUUCCGAACCUGAUUAUCAGGCAAGAAGGGACAUACCGCAUAGUCAUCAGCUUGAUUCGAAUGGGCGGGACCCCUCCGCAGAUGCAAGGCGGCUCGAGCGUGCAAGCGGUAUACACCAGGCAUAUUUCUGUCGAACGGAAUCCUGCGAGUGGAAUGCAACUUGGUGAGCAGUCCCUCAUAACUUUGCGUUGGCGCGACAGCUUUACUGAAUAG